GUGGGACAGCUCUGGGGACAAUUGGUCAUGGAACCAUCUGGUCUUGGUGGAUAAAAAACAGAACAAGUGGGAAUUCUGAUCUUUAGCAGGGUUGCUGUGAGCAGUGGCAGAAGGGGAAGGUGCUGCUGAGACCAUGAUGUCCCUGGGUGUUGCUAAAGGCGCGCUCCUGCCCGGCACGGACGAGGAUCGGCGCAGGAUCAUCCGGCAGAUGAAGGUUCGCACCGCGCUGCGCGGGGACCGCAGCUGGAUCCAGCCGCGCCCCGACCCCGAGGAAACGUCUGGCCCAGCUGCUGGGAGUCCCCCAGCCCCCAGAGCUGCUGCUCCCCAGCAGGACAGGUCCUCAGCCCCCAAGCCCCAGCCUGGAUACCUCAUCAGGGGGGUGUUCACCAGGACCAUCGACAAGAGCUCACCUGAUUCUUCACCUUCCAGCCAGGCACAGAAAAAAACCCCCCAGAAGGGCCAGAGCCGCUCCCCCUCGGGCUACAGGAUGACCACAGAGGACUACAAGAAGCUGGCUCCCUACAACGUCCGGCAGAAAUCCGAGGAUGAGCAGGAUUCUCCUUUUUCUCCGGAUGAGCACAAGAAGAGGGCCGAGGCUGCCAGCAGCGUCCUGCGGCGCUCGGCCGGCCGCGAGCGCGCCUACGUCCUGUCUGCUGCCAAAAAGAGCAACGGCAGCCCCACCCAGGAAUUCCCAGCGCUGUUUGCCAAGAGGAUUGAGAUAGAAGAGGAGGAAGGACAGCAGAGGAGGAGCCCAACUGUGCCAGGCCAGCCCAGGUUCAGCCAGGACAGCAGCAGUGCUAAUGGGCUGAGGAAAAGCAGCCCUGGGUCUUCCUGGGAUGGAGAAAAUCCAGCAGCAGCAUCUCCCUCCAGCCCCACACCAAGCAGCAGGAGCCAAACAUCCCCAUCCCUGAGCGACACUUUGGGGAAAAUCUCCAUUUCUGCCGAGAGCAGUGCCAAAGCUCUGGAGGAAAAGCCUGAGAGGUUCCCGUGGGAUGAAGGAGCCCCCAGAGCCACGAAUGGAAGUUUUCCUGAGCACACAGAAGCCAAUAAUGGGUUUUGCCCACCAGAGUCCAGCCCUGGAUCCUGGGACAGACCUGGGGAUGCUCUGGAGAAGCUGCUCCGUCCUGCUGAGCCCUCCCAGGGUGACUCCAGGUCACCCUUGCAGUCUGAUGUCCCUUUUCAUCCCACUGAGAGAAGCCCUGUGCACAUCGAGGACUCAGAAUAUUCCUUCAAGAGGUCUGCCCUGGAAUAUGGGGACAGGAGCAGCUCCAUGGAUCCUGAGGGAUCAGCCCAGCACCAGCCCUACUGGGAGGAGAGGGGGUUUCUGGACUCAGCCAGCCCCACUGAGAGGGGCCCAGGAGCUCCUGGCCAUGACUCCCCCCCAGAGCCCCCCAGGCUGAAGGAUCCUGCUGAGCCCAGCAGGGCAGGGUCCAGCUCUGUUCCUGGGGGAAGCAGCAUCCCAUCUCCAGAGAUUCCACAUGCAAAGGAGUCUGAGCCACAAUGGGACAGGAUCCCUCUGGACCACGAGGAACAGAGCUCAGCCAGCCCCAGUGAGAGCCUGGGGGGCUGGAGGCACAGCGAGCCCGCCCCGGGGCCAGCCAGCAGGUCUGAGCUCAGCUCCCAGCACUCCCAGAGUGUUCCCAGUGCCCUGGAGCCCCGGCCCCUGUUCCAGGAGCACCAACCCUUCUCAGGCUCAGUGCCCAGCCACAGGAUCCCAGCCUACGUGGACAGCCAGGUGUUCAGCACCAGGAGGCCCAGCCCUGAUGCCCAAGGCAGUGUUUAUUCUGGGAGCAGCUGGUAUGACAGUGCCAGGGGCCACGGGGACUUCAGCCCUGCUGCAGGACGAGAUGCCACCAUGCCCAUGGCCCAGAGAAGCCACAGGGUGCCAUUCUACAUGGACAGCUUAAACAGCACCAGGCUCCUCUCCAGCUCCAGUGAGAGGCUCUGCAGCUCCCACCACAGCUCUGGGUACCAGCCUGACCCCAGCACUGCCGGGAGAGGGAUCCUCUUUGUCAAGGAGUACGUGAACAUCGCAGCCUCGCCACGCCACGGCAGUGGCAGCCUUGUGGAUCUGAGUGACCUGGAGAGAAGCAGCUACAGCCAGCACAGUUUCCUGUCCAGUGCUCCCCUGCACAGGUCCAGUGAGCCCCUGUGCACUUACUGCAGCAGGGAAAUCAGAGACUGCCCCAAGAUCAUCAUAGAGCACCUGAACAUCCACUGCCACGAGUACUGCUUCAGGUGUGGAAUUUGCCACAAAGCAAUGGGAGAUCUGCUGGACAAAAUCUUCAUCCACCGGGACAUCGUCCACUGUGACAAGUGCUACGAGAAGCUCUUCUAGGGCUCCGGGAACAGCUCCUGCCUCCGGCUGACAUCGCCGAAUUCCUGCUCUUCCCCCUCUCGCUGGACGAGUUCAGCACCUGCUGGUUGAUGCUGUCACCUGCACCCGAACGAGAUAAGGCAGCUCCUCCUCAGAGAUGACUUUAGCAGAACAAGCUCCCCAGGUUUAUCCCAUUUAUCUCGUUGCCACGAGGCUCUCUGAUGAUAUCUGGAUUUCUUCCCCUCGUGUGAGCUGGCACUGGGAGCCUUAAACACUAAACUUGGAUUCUUGGCAGGGUUUGAAUUUAGUCCUUAGCAAAAGCCUAUUUCUGCUUUUUUUUUUUUUUUUUUUUUUUUUUUUUUCACCCCCAAAUUCAGCCUAGAAAUAGUUUCUGCCUGGUCUCCAUUUGCUUUCCAAUUUUUAUUUUUUUUUUGUACUUCCAAACUCUGUUGUAAUCGUGUGUCAGCUUUAAUUCCCCUUCCUGAGGAUGCUGCAGCAGCACUUGUGGCUGCAGCCUGUUUGGGGAGAUAACACAAGUCCUUCCCCUGCUGUUAAACUCGGGCUCUGAGGGCUCGUGCCAUCUCAGUUCCCUCUCCUGACAAAGAGAUCUGCUCUGAAAUCCCAAUUUCUCCCUCACCAGGCUUUGCCCACACCUCUCAUUGCUGGAAACUAUUGUAAAAUGCUCACUAAUAUUGAAUUUCCAGCAGAUGCUGCACUCAGUAAAAUCAGAAUUGUGUCAUUUUAGCACUUAACUCAGAGCUGAGAGGUUGGAAACGCUGAAUACUGAAAGUCAGGUGUCCUAAAAAUGUCCAGACUUCCUGUUUCCUUGUGGGGAAGCAUUAGGAAUUAUAGAAUUACAGAAUGAUUUGGGGUUGGAAGGAGUUAAAAGUUGACGGGCAGGGACACCUUUCCCAAUCCCAGGUUGCUCCAAGCUCCGUCCAGCCUGGCCUUGGACAUUCCAGGGAUCCAGGGGCAGCCACAGCUUCUCUGGCCAACCAGGGCUUCCCCAUCCUGAAUUUUUCCUGAAAACCCAGCUUCUCCUAAAAUCCUGUGAAAAAAAAAAGGAACCCUAACCCCUCUUAGAUGUUUUUAAGAGCAGCUGAAGGAGCUGGGAAAGGGCUCAGCUUGGAGAAAAGGAGGUUCAGGAGGGAUCUCCUGGCUCUGCACAAUUCCCUGACAGGAGGAGUUUUCCCCCCUUAAAAACCUGCAUCACCCAAAAGGAACCUGCAGCUAUGAUAAAAAUGUAUCACCCAAAAGGAACCUGCAGCUAUUAUAAAAAUGUAUCACCCAAAAGGAACCUGCAGCUAUUAUAAAAAUGUAUCACCCAAAAGGAACCUGCAGCUAUUAUAAAAAUGUUAUGCUUUAUUGUUUAUAUUGGCCUGAGCUUUGAAGAAUUGCUGACCUGUCCCUCCCCAGAAAUAAAAAAAACCAAACGAAUUAUUCAAAGAGGUGAAUCUUCCUGGUGUUUGUGGAGAAAGGGUCACCUGCACAUGGAUUUUCUUCCUACAUCAUGGGUGAGGUCAUGCAUGCAUUUCCUUUCAC